UAGGGGGCAAUGGAUGAGACAGCAAAAUUGGCAAAAGUUUAAUCGACAGCAAACUUUUUCUCACUUUUUAUUCACUCAAUCUCAUAAAAAAUCAUUUUUUUUCCUUUCAAGAAAUCCUCCGAACAAAUCCAAAAUGGGAGUACGGUAACAUCUAGACUCAGAUAUUUAUUUUGACUGAGCAUCCCAUACUGCUCUUCAAUGGGUCACGGAUUCACAGCUCCAAUCGUUACAUAGGACAUUAGGACAUCCAGUUCUAACACAGUGUCCGUGUAUUUCUUCGGAAGAAGUAUCAAGAAAAACAAAACACAGCAUGGCUGCCGGUGAACUCAGUUGUAGAGGCGGUGGUUGGAGGGCCAUGAGAAGCUUUACCUGCCAAGUGCUCACCGGCCGGUGGUUCAUGAUUUUUGCCUCCCUCUUAAUCAUGUCCAUGUCUGGUGCAACUUAUAUGUUCGGACUCUACUCCGGCGACAUCAAAUCAUCCCUAGGAUAUGACCAGACAACCUUAAAUCUCAUAGGAUUCUUCAAAGACCUCGGCGGAAAUAUAGGAAUCAUGGCUGGGCUUAUCAAUGAAAUUUCACCACCUUGGGUUGUUCUUUCAUUUGGUGUAAUCAUGAACUUUUUCGGCUACUUCAUGAUAUGGUUGGCCAUCACUGGCCGGACGGCCAAACCCCAUGUGUGGCAGAUGUGUCUAUAUAUAUGUAUUGGUGCAAAUUCACAAACAUUUGCCAAUACUGGGGCAAUGGUUACUUGUGUUAAGAAUUUCCCGGAGAGUCGAGGAAUAGUCAUAGGCCUUCUCAAGGGAUUUGUUGGCCUAAGUGGUGCAAUUAUUACACAGUUAUUCCAUGCUUUUUAUGGACAUGAUUCCAAGUCUCUUAUUUUACUUAUUGGGUGGCUUCCGGCGGCUGUUUCUUGUGUUUUUCUCCGAACAGUUAGACUCAUGAAGAUUGUCCGGCAAGAAAAUGAGUUCAAAAUCUUUUAUCGUCUACUCUAUGUAUCGCUAAGUCUUGCCGGUUUCCUCAUGAUUCUGAUUAUCUUACAAAACAGACUUUACUUUCCUAGAGUUGCGUAUGCAGGAAGUGCCAGUUUUGUGCUGAUUUUAUUGUUUUCUCAACUGUUUGUUAUCAUCAAAGAAGAAUUCAACAUCUGGAAGAGCAAGAGACAAGAGUCAAAAGAUUCCAUUCAACUGAAAGUUGUUUCUCAACUGCCAAAUCCGCCACCAGUUGAAGAACUUCAGCCAACGACCGGUGAUCAAGUAAAGCACCAAAAGCCGGCAGAUUCGUGGUGGAGCAACCCUUUCAAGCCACCAGAAAGAGGCGAGGAUUACAACAUAUCGCAAGCAAUUUUCAGCAUGGAUAUGAUAAUUCUAUUUACUGUAACGACAUUCGGAGUUGGAGGUACCUUGACAGCAAUUGAUAAUCUAGGCCAAAUCGGUAAGUCCUUAGGUUAUCCAAGUAAAAGCAUAACCACAUUUGUGUCACUAGUAAGCAUAUGGAAUUAUCUGGGAAGAGUAGCCUCCGGUUUUGCCUCAGAAAUUUUCUUGGAAAAGUACAAAUUCCCACGUCCCUUAAUGCUCACAUUAGUACUUCUCCUCUCUUGCACUGGUCAUCUUCUUAUCGCAUUUGGUGUCCCAAAUUCUCUAUAUUUAUCCUCUGUGAUUAUGGGAUUCUGUUUCGGAGCCCAAUGGCCAUUGAUUUUUGCAAUCAUAUCAGAAUUGUUUGGGCUCAAAUACUACUCUACAUUGCACACUCUAGGGGGUGGAGCCAGCCCAGUUGGGGCUUAUAUCUUGAAUGUUAGAAUAACUGGUUAUUUAUAUGAUAAAGAGGCUAUGAAGCAAAUGGCAGCUAAAGGACUCGUUAGGAAAGAAGGGCAAGACUUGACAUGCAUCGGCGUGGAGUGUUACAAACUCGCUUUUCUAAUAAUAAUGGCCGCGACACUGGUAGCAUGUGUAAUUUCAGUCAUUUUGGUGAUUAGGACGAGAAAAUUUUAUGGAAGUGAUAUAUAUAAGAAGUUCAGAGAGCAAGCAAUUCAACAAGAAUAGUAUAAUAUAUGGUUACGGUUCGUAUGUGAGAACUGUUGCCAUUUUCUAUCUUUUAUUUGCGCUACAGAGAAGCAGAAUUAUAUGGAUCGAUGCAAAUCAUUUCAAUGUGAAUCUGAAGUGUAUUGUGUAUGCUGAUUUGAUGUUUUUAUUUACCAACAUGGCACACUAA